AUGAGAGGAGAAGAGUGUAUGUGUGUGCAUGUGUUAGAGGCAUAUCCCUGGCUGGCUAUGGGAUGACUUUUCCCUCACUUGUCAUCUCCCUCGCCUGUCAGCGGAGCUGCUGGUAGUAGAAAAGGGAUAGAAGGGAGGAGAGAGGCAAGGAAUAGGGGAGGGAGAAGCAGAGCUGGAGGGGACAAGGGCUGGCAUUCAGAGCAUCCUGGAGUAAAGAACACGCAAGGUCCAUCAAAUGGGAGCAAUAGACACAUUGGAAGCUGUGCAGAUGCCUCUGCUCUGCACCCCCCAGCUUGUUGUCACAGGUUUUUUUUCCAAUGAGUCUUCAGCUGGUAUUACCGAUUGUUUGUCUGGCUUAUCGUUUUAAACAACAACAAAAAAAUCUGUAGUGAUUUCAAUCAAGAGAUCAGCCUAAUCCCUUACAUCAGACUCAGGAUCAUGGCAUUCUGCCACAGCUACCCCCAGUAUACACCUGGAGCUUCUGCUGACCGUGUAGACUUUUUCUAAUAAUCUGGAAAAUAAGUUAAAAGCAAGUAUAACGAGAAAAAAAAAAAGAAGAAGAAACAAUUAGAAAAUGUUUGACGCUCCCCGUCACUGUUAAAGGUGAAGUUUGUAGUGUCUGUCUGUGCAUGUAUUGGUAUUUGUUUGUUCGGAGUAACCAUCCUUCAUGAGCUUCAACCAAAGUCGCAUACCUAUAGCCAUGGAGUCACCUACUAAGGAAAUCGAAGAAUUUGAGAGCAAUUCACUGAAGUAUCUGCAGCCGGAACAGAUUGAGAAGAUCUGGCUACGUCUCAGAGGACUGAGAAAAUACAAGAAAACAUCACAAAGGUUACGAUGUCUGGUAAAACAGCUGGAAAGAGGAGAAGCAUCUGUGGUAGACCUGAAAAAGAAUCUGGAAUAUGCAGCAACUGUGCUUGAGUCCGUUUAUAUUGAUGAGACAAGACGUUUACUGGAUAAUGAAGAUGAGCUCAGUGACAUCCAGUCAGACUCAGUACCCUCAGAAGUGCGGGACUGGCUCGCUUCUACAUUUACCCGACAAAUGGGGAUGAUGUUAAAGAGAACAGAGGAGAAGCCGCGGUUUAGAAGCAUUGUUCAUGCAGUUCAGGCUGGAAUAUUUGUGGAAAGGAUGUACAGACGAACUUCAAACAUGGUGGGACUCAGUUAUCCUGCUGCAGUCAUUGCUGUAUUGAAGAAUGUUGACAAGUGGUCCUUUAAUGUAUUUGCACUAAAUGAUGCUAGUGGCGAUCAUGCACUUAAAUUCAUCUUUUAUGAAUUACUCACACGUUAUGAUUUGAUCAACCGCUUCAAGAUACCAAUAUCUGCACUUGUAUCUUUUGUGGAGGCGCUGGAAGUUGGAUAUACCAAGCAUAAAAAUCCAUAUCACAACCUGAUUCAUGCAGCAGAUGUUACACAAACUGUUCAUUACUUUCUCUUUAAGUCAGGGUUAGCGCACUGGCUUACAGAACUGGAGAUAUUUGCAAUGAUAUUUGCUGCUGCAGUCCACGACUAUGAGCACACCGGCACUACAAACAACUUCCACAUCCAAACAAGAUCAGAUUCAGCUAUUCUGUACAAUGACCGAUCUGUACUUGAAAAUCACCAUGUAAGUGCAGCAUACCGCCUGCUUCAGGAUGAUGAGGAAAUGAAUAUACUGUAUAACCUUUCCAAGGAUGACUGGAGGGAAUUCCGGGCCUUGGUGAUUGAGAUGGUGUUGGCCACAGAUAUGUCCUGUCACUUCCAACAAAUCAAAGCAAUGAAGAAUGCUUUGCAGCAGCCGGAAGGGAUUGACAAGCCAAAAGCCUUAUCCCUGCUAUUGCAUACAGCAGACAUAAGCCAUCCAGCUAAAAACUGGGACCUCCAUCAUCGGUGGACCAUGUCAUUACUAGAAGAAUUCUUCAGACAGGGUGACAAAGAAGCAGAACUUGGCCUUCCCUUUUCUCCACUGUGUGAUCGCAAUUCAACAAUGGUUGCCCAAUCCCAAAUAGGUUUUAUUGACUUCAUUGUGGAGCCUACAUUUACCGUGUUAACAGACAUGACCGAAAAGAUUGUAAUUCCACUCAUCGAUGAGGCAUCACGAUCUGGGCUCACAGGAUUUAGGAGAUCUAGUUUGAACAGCAUAACCCCCUCAGAAGUAAAAAGAUCAAGUGUGAAGAGCACUGGAUCAGAAGGAAGUGCCUCUUUGAAUUGUUCAAUCCUCACUGUGGACUUCAAAAGUUUUAAAAAUAACUGGUAUGAAGUGGUGCAACAGAACAGAGAAAAGUGGAAGGCACAGGCAGCCAAAGAUGCAGAAGAAAGAGCAAAAAAAGAUGCGGAAGACAGCAAAUUGCAAGAAAAGGAUGAUAAAAAGAAUGAUGAGAGAGAAGAAAAGAAUGAAAAUGAAAAAUCCUCACAAUCUAAACAUGAGGCAAAUAAAGAAACAAACUCCAGUGAUGGCAAACACAUUGAAUCUAGUCAGGGAAAUAUUAAUGGGACUCGAUUACCAAUUGUAAACAGACAAGACGAUUCCUCAGGACAAAGUCAAAGUAAAGAGAAGUCUGGUGAAAGUGACGGGAAACAGCAAGUGCAAAAUGAUAAAGAAGAAUAACAGAGAAUGCCAAUAAAUUGCAUCCUUCUAGCUUUGCUUCUUCAUUCUAUUCCUACUUCCACAAAGACAAGUCUAUUGGAAAUACAAGGCAUUAGCUUUAUAAGCAAGGCAUCCACUGGCUCCUUUACAGUUAAAGACUAGUUUUUUGUGUAUUUUUUUUAACGCUCUCCUUUUUUUCUUGAAAUAAAUAUAAAAUUGACUUGGCUUUUUACACAACAGGCAAAAUCAGCAGGGGAACUGUAAAGCAUUGGUCAUUAUAACAUUAUGUUGGGGCUUAGGAACCCUUCUGUGAACUCAAAGAACAUUUUCAUGGAAAUCAUUUCGGAAACAUAAUUUCAUAAUGUCCCAGAAGUCAAAAGUAUGUUUGAGCAUGUGCUUGUUUAAGCCAAAUUAAAGGAUGACCAUCCCGCACUAAAAGCAGAACUUCACAGAUCUAAGGCUCUGCACUAUGGCUUCACACGUGCUUCACGGGGUUUAACACUGUCUAUUUGAGUGUUUUCAUUUGUAAUGUACAAGAGCUAUGUUAGAGUUGAUUUUACCACCAACGGCUUAUAUUUAUUAUUUUUUCAUAAUAUGUAUUUAGUAAAAAAAUUACUGAGUAACAGCUCAAGUAAUGUCUCAUUUAAUGUUGUAAAAGGUCUUCCAUAAAUACUGAUUUCUUAAGUCACGCCAUAUUUAAUCUUUAUAGUUUGUCAAAGCACUGUAGAAGAAAGCUGGUAUGAAAUGGACAAAAUGGACUCAAACUGUUCUUAGCUUUAGUGCUUAUCAUUUUUAUAUCUUUUUCUUCUAAUAUAUCGCACAACAUGCGGCACGCCUUUUUCUCUGAAAAUGAUAUUUGUUUCCAUAUAAAACCAUUUAAAAAGGGUGGCCCUUAUGGCACAAUAAUAGUUAUUAAAGAGAGAUGCAUAUGCUUGGAAUAAUUAUAAUUCAGUGGCAAGUUGAUAGCAUUGCUGCAUGUAUGUAGUACUACUGCUGUUGUUCUCUGACCUUCAUUGGGGCCUAUUGGUUAAUGGUACAAGUGGUCAAUCAACAAAGUAUAUGGUAGGCCUAGGCAAAAUUGGGCUUUUUUUUUUGCUAUUGCUUGGCUAAGGCUCUCAGUGAGCUUUGCUAGAAAUACUUAUUAUCUGGCCUAUUGUGUUAUAUAGCAAACAGUAGACAUGCAGAUAUUGAUAUAAAUAUUCAAUGUGUGGUCUUCUUUGGUAGAAUUCCAGGUAGGCUGCAAUACUUAAGCUGGUAUAUGGGGUUGUACUAUAACUUGCUUUGUCUGCAUCCAAUAGUCACAUGCAAGCAAGUUGGAAACCAUGAUAGGAAAAAAUUUAAUUACAGUUAAUUACAGAUUUUCUUCACACUAUCUUAGAUGGUCUCAUGAUAUUAAAUAUAGUGACUCCACUCAGCAAAACAGCUAACCCCAUUGUUAGCUCAAGUCAAUUUCUUUUGGGGCUAGUCAUUCCCUAUUUAGGACCCCGGUAACAAUGCAAUACAUGUUGCAGUAUGGUACCAG